AUGUACCAUGUCUUACUUGCUAUCAUAAAACACUUAUCACUACCUUUUUUGAAGGAAAUCGCACCAUACACUACCACGUUCUGUCAGGAUAACGAACACUCACCGAUACCAGACCACACAGAUCCGUCAAAGAUGACAUUCCGAUCUCAUUACCCUGACUUGUGUAUUCGUUUGAACAAGUUCGCCAAUUGUCUGCUAUCCUCUCUGCAUCCGUCGGGUACGGAAGAGUUUGAUCAUGGAACCUCCACAGGCUCGUCCCCGUUCCAUACCAUCAGUACCGACAGUUCCGGUUUGGCUAGUGAUCGGCCAAGUGGUCGAGUCACGAAGAUUAUAAGCCAACCGUAUCGUUACAACCUGGCCGACUCCAUUGAGCACAGUCUCUCCACUGGUACCGAAGGUGAAACUGGUGACACAGAUAUUGGGACAGUGAGAAGUGGUAGCACCGAUGUGCGGAAUGAAGCGCAUACCCGAAGAGCUGCUGCUGGUACUGGAGGACGCAUACAAUCAACAGAGUAUCGUAUUCUGGCAAUCGUAUGGCGUCAGCUUUUGGCUGCAUUAUCGCAUCACCUGCUGGAUGUUCUAUUGAAAACAGGUAGGCGAACAAAAUACAAAAUGAUUUUGUUAUCCCCUAAAUGCUUAACAAUCCAACCAUUCACUGCCCUCAUGUGGUAG